UUAUGGAAAUUAUCACGUCAUAUGUCGGACACUUGGUGAAGCCUGAAAAGAGCAGUCCCCCGCUCGGCUCUCCGCAGUUGCCGCCGUGCUCCGUGUCCUCAGAACUCACAGAGAUGGCCAACGAUGCGGCGAUCCCUGACGCGUCCUUCGAGCAGCGUCUUCUACAGGCUUCUCGGCAACAGCUCAAGCAGCACCAGCAGUUGCAGCAGCAGCUCCUCCUCCACCAGUACCAGCAGCAGCAGCAGCAACUGACGGAGCAGCACCAGAAGCAGCUGCAGCAACACAUAAAGCUCCAACAAAACCUGCUCUACCACCAGUUUCAGCAGGAGCACCAACGCCUCCUAGAACAGCAGGAAAAUGAGCUACACUCGCAUCUCAAGCAGUACCUGGAACAGCAGAAUACCAAGCGGGAGGAGGAGAGGGAGAAGCACAGGAAGGAGACGGAGCGGUUGGAGGCGCUGAAGAAUAAGGAGAAGAGUGAGCAAUCGGCCAACGCGUCUUCGGAGGUCAAACAGCGACUCCAGGAGGUUAUCUUGAAGAAGCAACGGGAUGCAGCGACCGGGGCGGCGGCUGGCGGUGGAGGGGCGGCGGGGGGCACCUCCAGCCUGCGGACCUGGCCGCCCGGCAGUGACUUCCCCCUCCGCAAAACAGCCUCGGAGCCCAACAUCUGCCUCAAGGCUCGCCACAAACAGCGGAUGGGCACGGAGCGGCGUCCUUCCCCCCUGGUAGCACGCCGCAAGGACAAGCUGCCCUGCUCCCUCAAGAGACGACCCCCGUAUGCAGUCGAGAGCGGAUCCACACCAGACAGCGGCCAGAGCUCUCCUCCCAACGGGCUACCCACCUCACGCUCAUCCUCGGGGUCCACGCCUAUCCAUGAGGAGGGCGGCGGAUCCCCCUAUGGCGCCCACGGGGGAGGGGGCCAAGGAUCCUGCUCCGACCUCCCCGUCUACUCCUCCCUACCCAAUAUCUCCAUGGGACGUCCCCCACAUUCCACCCAGCCCGAGGGGCUGAAGCUUCCCAUAGUGUCUGAAGCGGACAUGCGGACACUCCCGACCCACAUCGGCAUGCCCCUGACCGGACACCCCCUCUCCUCCACGCUCCCCUACUACCCGACUCUACCAGUGAUUGACGGCGAGGGUUACAGCAUGGGUGGGGCAGCUCGGGGCCAACAGGUCACUGCCAUGGAGACCAGUAGUGGUGGGGGCAUCAUGCGAGGGGGCAUCUACCACCCCUCUGCUGCCACAGCCAUUACGGACCCCCAGGUGAGGACCAGCCGCUCACGCCCCCUGAGUCGCACCCACUCCUCCCCGCUGCCCCUCGGCCACCCAGUGUUGCAGGGACAGCCACCCUCCUUCCUGCCCCACGCCCCCCAGACAGCCCCCCACCAACACACCCUUGACCACCAUCUUCUGAAACAGCACAUCCGGCAGACAGUCUUGACACGCGCCAACAGCAAAAACCAGGUGGAGAAUGUGGCCGAGGAGACUGAAGCUGCCGUCGCCCAGGCCAUCGCCACCGACAAGACUCCAGAGGAGCCUCUGGACCCUGUUGUGAGCUAUGGCACCCUUGGGAUAAACCCUCUUGACCCUACUCCUGCUGGACCUGCUUGUAGGCAGCCCUGGUUAAAAACAUUGACUGGUGUGACACUCACUGAUGCUGGAAAGAGGGUAAUAGACCUCACUGAACGCAAGAUUGAGGAGAGUCAGCUGGCCAGACACCACCGAGAGCACCUGCUCUUCCCACACCACCGAGACCUGACUGGCAAGCCUCCGCCUCUCCACUCCUCCACCAUAUCCCUCCUUUCCUCUUUAGGUUCGGCCUUCACCCCGCGCUCCGGUAGCCACAUGGCGCGGCCCCUGUCCCGCGCCCUCAGCUCUCCCCUGGUCACCCUCUCCCCUCAAGGCUCACCACAGGAACAAAUCAACAUCAGCAAGCAGGGCGCAACAACUGGGUUUGCCUACGACAACAUGAUGCUGAAGCACCAGUGUGCGUGUGGCGACAACUCCCACCACCCCGAGCAUGCGGGGCGCCUGCAUUCCAUCAUGGCACGGCUGCAGGAGACCGGCCUCUUCCACCGCUGCUACUGUCUCCGCACUCGCAAAGCCACACCUGAAGAGAUACAGUCAUGCCAUAGUGAGGCACACACUCUUCUCUUCGGCACGAACCCCCUGAACCGAUCUCGACUGGACCUGAGUAUGUUUGCUGACCUGCCCAUCAAGAGCUUCGUCCGGCUGCACUGUGGAGGCAUCGGCGUGGACCUGGACACCACCUGGAACGAGAUGCACACGUCCUCGGCCGCUCGCAUGGCUGCCGGCUGUGUGAUAGAUCUGUCCUACAAAGUUGCAACAGGUGAGCUGCGUAACGGCUUCGCGCUGGUCCGUCCUCCAGGGCACCACGCAGAGCACCAGCAGGCGAUGGGCUUCUGCUUCUUCAAUUCCGUCGCCAUCGCUGCUCGCCAACUGCACCAGAAGCUUAGCCUGGAGAAAAUACUUAUUGUGGACUGGGAUGUGCAUCAUGGGAACGGCACACAGUCCAUGUUCUACAAUGACCCACAUAUCCUGUACAUCUCCAUGCACCGCUAUGAUGAUGGGAGCUUCUUCCCUGGCACUGGGGCUCCCACUGAUGUGGGCGAGGGCAAUGGGUAUGGCUUCAACGUCAACAUCGCUUUCUCUGGGGGACUGAAGCCUCCGAUGGGUGACGCGGAGUACCUGGCGGCCUUCAGGAGUGUUGUGAUGCCCAUUGCUAAGGACUUUGACCCUGACGUGGUGCUGGUGAGUGCCGGCUUUGACGCAGCAGACGGCCAUCCCCCGCCCCUGGGAGGCUACAAGGUCUCGGCGAGUUGCUUUGCCCACAUGACCAAGCAGCUUAUGACCCUCGCUCGUGGCAAGGUGGUGCUUGCGCUGGAGGGCGGCUAUGACCUCACCAGCAUCAGCGACGCCUCUGAGGCUUGUGUGAGAGCCUUGACAGGGGAGGACCCGCCACCCAUCUCUGAGCACGAGCUGACGCGCCCACCCUGCCAGAACGCUCUCAAAACCCUCCAGAAUGUUAUUGCUGUGCAGAGCGGUCCCUGGCCAGUGGUGCGGCGACAGAGUGCGUUGCUGGGCCUGUCCCAAGCAGAGGCUCAAGGCCGCGAGGAUGAGCAGGAGACAGUCUCAGCCAUGGCCUCGCUGAGAGUGGACCCCCAGAACUCACAGUCCAGGUGAGGAUGAGCACACAACUAGGUGUGUGUUCUUUCAGGAGUCCGGAGCCCUCCCCCCAGGCCACUGCUGCAGGCGCCUCCAAUGAUGAAGAGGAGCCCAUGGACGAGGACUCUGAGGUCAAGUAACGGGCGGGCAGGACCCUCCGUGAGCCUACACGUGACUGGCCGGGCUGCCCCGCCCCGCUCACUAAGCCUGUGACAGGUCAACUGCGCUUGCGUUUUGGAGCACCGCCACGAGCGCCUCUUUUCUGGUGCGUGUGGCGGGCAGGCGACCAGUGAUAUUUAGUGUUAAUGUUGCGGCGGCGUGAGGGACGCGUGUCGUGUCGGUCCAGUGGUUGGACGUGUUCGAUGAACCAAAGAUUAGCUAGAUUUUUAUGAUGUGCGUACAUGGUGUCUUAAAUUUCUUAAGGUUGUAGUGUUCCAUAGGUAGAUGGACCAGGCUGCCUGGUCAUAUUUAUUGCUGAACCACAUUUAUUUUCAUUACAUAUUAUGGGAGAGUAAGUUUAUAUGUGCUGCUGCUAGGCAGUUCCCCGCCUGUGUGUGUGGCCUGGACAGCCCCACCAGACUCCUGACACCUUAAUCAAUACCUGUGCCAACCACUUAACAGAUGUUUUCUGUUGACAAACUAAACUUUGAAGAUGUUGUUAGUAUUCAUAGUGUUUAGUAGAUAAAUGUAUAAUAUACAUAUAUAUAUUAUAUAUUCAAUUUUAUGUAUUUCAAAUUUUAUUUGUUCACCUCACAUGAUGGUGUAAAUUCAUGUCACUUAAGUGCACAAAAAACAUAUAACAAGCCUUACUUGUUACCAGGAAAGUGAGACGCUAGGAACCAGGGAGUGGUGCUCCUCCCCUCUGCUGUGAACACUGGACCUGUGGGCCAGGUGGGACAGAGGUGAUAUUUGUGCUGUGAGGGACUACUGUAGUGUUGGCAGCAGCGGAGGGAGCAGGGAGGGUGGGAGAGCCUGGGUGUGCCCUGCCCCGCCCCGCCCCACCCAAGCUCGUGCCGGCACCUGCGUGGAGGGCCGGGGACCCUGUCUUGCUAAACUCAUGUACACAGUUUAAUACUUUUACACCCGGCUCAUGAGCGCUAGUCAGAAUCACAUCCCUCCUCUUCCUCCUCCCCGCCUCCUUCUCCUACUCAUCUCCCCCCUUCACCCCCUCUUCUCCCUCCUCCUCCUCCUCUCCUGCGUGGCCAAGGCUGCCGCCCUGUGUUCUGGUGUGGAGCUUAAGGCUCUGUGGGGUUUCAGGAAGGCUUGAGAGUCCCGCCCGUACCCUGUAUCUUGUCCCUGUAUGGCCACCGUGUCACAUAAUAAACAGAUGUUCAACAA